AGAAUACGAGGACCGAUCUUCGUAUCACUUUCACUGCUAUUUUAUUCAAGCUAUAAACUAAGGGAUCACGCCUAUAAAAUGUGAAAGUGCAGCGCGCGAGCUUAGACAAAACGUUCGUUGGUGCGUGAUCUGAUAGUUAUCGUUAUGUAUCAAUUUGUGUGAACGAGCGUAAAAUCUAAAGUUUCAAUUGAACUUUUUAUAGAUACAUAUGAACUCAACUAAUGUUUAUGCUUUUCCCUUAACUUCCUGUAGUGAAUAAAGUGAUGCCCUGCAUGUCGGCAGCACGCUAUCAAUUUCAUAUAUGGCCAGUAAACAUGGCAUCCUGUGACGCGAGUCUUUCUAAAAACAGCGCACACAGAUAGUGGGACUUUGCCAUACCUCAUUAUAGAAACAGACACUGUUGAGCAAUGGCGAGGGCCUGAUUUUAUCCCCAUACACAACUGGGACAAUUUAAUUUUUUUCAAUCUUAAACGAUCUAAUCUCCAGUGAAGCCACAGACCGUUAAAUCAAGAUGGACAGCUUAGAAAAGCAGCUCAUUUGUCCCAUUUGUCUGGAAUUGUUCACCAAACCCGUUGUGAUUCUUCCUUGUCAACACAAUCUCUGUCGGAAAUGUGCUAAUGACAUUUACCAGUCUUCAAAUCCAUACCUUCCUACUAGAGGAGGCACAUCGAUGUCAGGUGGCCGUUUCAGGUGUCCGUCCUGCCGGCAUGAAGUUAUAAUGGAUCGCCAUGGGGUCUACGGUCUGCAGAGAAAUCUUCUGGUGGAAAACAUCAUUGACAUGUACAAACAGCAGUACAUCAGCAGCAGACCAUCUCCUGAGAGCAAGGUUGACCAGCCGAUGUGUGAGGUCCAUGAAGACGAGAAAAUCAACAUCUACUGCCUGACCUGCGGUGUCCCCACUUGUUCUAUGUGUAAAGUGUUUGGCUCUCAUAAGGACUGUGAAGUGGCUCCCCUUGACAGCGUAUUCCAGACAAAAAAGACAGAGCUCACGGAUGGAAUAGCAAUGAUGGUGAGCAAUAAUGACAGGAUCCAAGGCAUCAUCAGUCAGUUAGAGGAGACCUGCAGGACCAUAGAGGAAAAUGGAAGGCGACAAAAAUCCCAGGUGUGUGAAAAGUUCGACCACUUGUACGCUAUCCUGGAGGACAGGAAAAGAGAGAUGAACCUGAAAGUGGCCGGUGAAAAGGAAGAGAAAUUAAACUAUAUCAAUGGCCUCAGAAAGAAGUACGGAGAUCAUCUGGAUUCCAUGACCAAAAUCAUGGAGACAGGAAUCCAAACACUGGAAGAACCAGAGAUGGCUGUUUUCUUAAAGAAUGCCAAAUCCCUCUUUCAGAAAAUUACAGAGGUAUCGAAUACCUCUCACCUGGAGAGAGUAGAGCGUGGAUAUGAGAGCAUGGAUCAUUAUUCUGUGAGCUUCAAGAAAGAGGGCAGGGCCCUACGCAAUAUUGACUUUGCCAAUGAAGAUGAAGAAGAGGACGAUGAUGAUGAUGAUGAAGACGAGGCUGCGGUUGAUUCCGGACCCCGGGCAGAACAGACAGCCUUAGGGGGACCGGACACACUAGGCAAUUUGGACGAACCUCUACCUCCCCUCCUGCCUCCACAAACCCCAAACAAACAAACAAAAACAUCUACCACAUCAUCCUAAUUUCUAAAGCACCAUUCACGUAUCUGGACAUACAUGUAUCAAUCUGAUCUUCUUGCUACCUGAUAGAAGCACAUGAAUACACUUAAAAUUACAGCAAUGACUGUGGACACUGUCAAAAAAUGCCAAAAUCAACUAUUUUAAACAUACGCUGUUGCUGUUUUUUCUGUUACUGUAUAAGUAAAGUCACUAGAUGACUAAAUAUAAAUGUAGAUGACUUUCCAAGAUUUGUGGUGUUGUUUACUGCGUAGGGAGUGUUCGCGUGGUAUUUUCAUUGCGGUUGGCACAGUGAUGGUAUUUGAGUUAUGAAUGAUAUGAUUCCCUUUAAAUGUUCCCUGGAUUUCAUACUUAUAAAUGUCAACGACAAAUAAAAGGUUACCCGUGUUUGCUCCAAUUCCAUAA